AUGGGGUUGCUCGGGAGCAAAAAUCAGCUGAUGCCCAAUGAGAAACACACUUCUGGAGGCAACCCAAAAACCAGGAGUAAACCUCCUCCUGCUCCCCCCAAGGGCAGACAAUUUAUCAAAACCCCUCAUCUAAACCAAGCCUCUGCACAAGAUAACUUGGUUGUGGUUGCACUGUACGAUUUUCCUGCCUCAAGUGACCGUGACCUGGAGCUGGUCAAGGGGGAGAAACUGCAAGUCCUCUCCAAUGAUGGGGACUGGUGGCUGGCGAAGUCCCUCAGCAGUGGCAGGAAAGGCUACAUCCCCAGCAACUUCGUUGCACAAGUGAACAGUUUGGAAGAGGAAAAGUGGUAUUUUAGAACUCUGAGCAGAAAAGAUGCUGAAAGGCUGCUCCUGUCCUCUGGUAACAAAGUUGGCUCUUUCCUUGUCCGAGAGAGCGAAACCAGCCAAGGUGCCUAUUCCCUGUCCGUGAGAGACAGCAACUCUGCCCAGGGGGACAUCAUCAAACACUACCGGAUCCGCUCCUUGGAUGAUGGGGGGGGAUAUUACAUCUCCCCCAGGAUGACAUUCUCCAGCCUGCCAGAGCUCAUCCAGCAUUACUGCCAGAGAGGGGAUGGCCUGUGCCAGCGCCUCACAGCUCCCUGCACAUCCCUGGUUCCCCAGAGACCCUGGGCACAGGAUGAGUGGGAGAUCCCACGGGAGUCUCUGAAGCUUGUGAAGAAGCUCGGCAGUGGGCAGUUUGGGGAAGUGUGGAUGGGCUAUUACAAGAGCAACAUCAAGGUGGCUGUGAAGACCAUGAAGGAGGGCAGCAUGGAUCCUGAUGCCUUCCUGGCAGAGGCAAACUUGAUGAAGAAGCUCCAGCACAACAAGCUGGUCCGGUUAUAUGCAGUGGUCACCAAGCAGCCCAUCUACAUCGUGACAGAGUACAUGGCCAAUGGGUGUUUGCUGGAUUACUUGAAGACAGAAGAAGGAAGCCAGCUGAGCCUCCCCAAGCUCAUUGACAUAGCUGCUCAGGUGGCAGAGGGGAUGGCCUACAUCGAGCGCAUGAACUUCAUCCACCGCGACCUGAGAGCCGCCAACAUCCUCGUCUCGGAGACCCUCUGCUGCAAAAUCGCUGAUUUCGGGCUGGCCAGGAUCAUUGAGAAUGAAUACCUGGCACAGGAAGGUGCAAAAUUCCCAAUCAAAUGGACGGCACCAGAGGCCAUUAACUACGGAGUUUUCACCAUCAAAUCUGACGUGUGGUCCUUUGGGAUCCUCCUGACAGAGAUCAUAACCUAUGGCAGGAUCCCUUAUCCAGGGAUGACCAACCCCGAGGUGAUCCGCAACCUGGAGCGUGGCUACCGCAUGCCCUGCCCGGAGCUGUGCCCCGCGGAGCUCUACAGCGUCAUCCUGAAGUGCUGGCGCAGCAAACCCGAGGAGCGCCCGACCUUCGAGUACCUGCAGUCGGUGCUCGAGGACUUCUACACGGCCACGGAGAAGCAGUACGAGCCGGAGCCUCAGCAGUGAAGCCACCGCUCACCAGCACCUGGCAACAGGGCUGGAGGGAAGACACCACCCCGUGGUACUUUCCCUUUCUCCCUUGUGCCGCCCACGAUGCGCUGGGAGACGGGGAAUGAGGAGGGACACGAUGCUGCCGUCUCUGUGGUUGUCACAGAGACUAAAGAGGCGGCUGAGAGAUGUCACAGCUCCUUCCUCAUCCGCCCUGGAGGUCUGCACCCAAUUUGCAGACAUCUCCUCCGCCAGGAAGGACAGCUAAUUUCUUCGUGGCCCACUUGGACACAGAAAAGCCCCUCAACCCUGCAGCUGCAGCC